AUGGGUGGCAAACGACGGAUUGGUCAUCUUGAUGAAGACGAUUUCUACGACACCUACGACCACCAGGACGCAUUUCCUCAGCCAAAGAGGCCGAGAUUAUCACAUCUCAUUCCCGACUCGGACCCCGGCUGUACACCACCACCACCACGCGGCUCUGUUCCAGUGCAAAACCUGUCUUUUCUGGUUAUCCGAGAGCAAACAUCGCCGACACCGCCCACGCCCGAAUGUGCGGAACCCGAUGUCAGCCCAUCAGCCAUGGAAAGGACCGCAUCAGGUUUAUCAAUUUCGUCCGACACCAGCAUUUAUAACCUCGCCGAAGAUGAGGACUCGAGACUUCUGGACGAUGAUGCUGCCGCCCGAAUGGUGGAGGAUCGAUUGCACCUCAGCCGGCGCCGAGCGAAAGACACGCAGCGGGAGAGGAUUUUGAGGUCGCUCAUUCAACCACGGUCACGCCACGCCGAGUUCUCCAUCGACAACGCCGCGUUGGAGAGUAUCUUCUCUGCGGCAAAUGAGAUUUUCUUUCACAACUGUCUUUCUCAGCGAGUCACCUGGGAUUGGUCUCAUGCGUCCAGCGCCCAGUACAAGGACCACAUCAUCGGCACCACAGCUCUUCGACGUUCCAAGAUGGGAGGAUUUGAGACCCUCAUUGUGCUUUCGAACCCAAUCUUGAAAGAUAAGAAGUACAAUCGACGGCUUCUCAUCUCAACCUUUUUACACGAACUCAUUCACAGCUACCUAUUCAUCAAGUGCGGCAUCAAGGCUCGUCACUGCGGUGGACAUACGCCAGGAUUUCGGAGAAUCGCAGAGCUCAUCGAUAUCUGGGCUGGGUCGGACAACCUGCACCUCCGCGACAUGGAAGCUGACCUAGAGCACUUCCGUGAGGACGAAGGUCACUCCUGCGGUCACGGGCCGACAUUUACUGAGGCGUCUCCUCGGGCCAUCUUCCACAGCUCUCAGGAGUACCUUUCGCCUCAUCAGCACAUUUACUACGAGCACCGAUCCUACGAACAUGACAGACCACGCCCCCACCACCAGGAUCGUUGGGAUUUUUGCAUCAAUGACCACCCAGAAUACUUUCCCGUCAGUCGGGGUAGUAGUCCCACAUCGACGAUCCCGACCACGACUGAGGGGGAAUUUGAAGAAGUGGAGCCGUUGGAGGAAGGCGAGAUCCGCGAGACACGUGGACGACUCUACUUCCCCGACGAUUACGCCUCCAGCAGACACUCAUCUGCUCACCACGAACGACAUUAUGACUCACACGACGGGCAAUGGGCCCGUCACGAUGACCGACGAGGGCUGGUCUUAAGCUACGACAGCAGCCCCAGCUCCAUCAUCACCAUACGUUAG